CGUCUGUCUCAUCUACUACAGCCAGGAUAGGAACCCUGUCUUCAGUCAUCUUUGCAUUUCCAGUACGGUGCAUACCGCACGGAUGGCUGGAUUGAGGCGCCUUCUCCACGGGCGUCAGGAAGGAUUCCCUGGAUAGGGAUGGAGAAGUCCGAAGGGCGUUGGAAGGACCUCGGACCACUUUCAAGGAGAGAAGAGCCACUCAGGUACAGAAUACACGCCGCUCCUAUUGCUCCAGUCGUAAGCAAGUAACGGAGAGAACCACAUCCAACUGCCUCUUCCCGGCUCCCGGCCUGGCAGGACCACUUCCGGGAGGGGGCGGGGAGACAGGAGGAGGCGUGCCGGGAAGGAGGCCGUUUGCGCUGCACCAGGCGGAAGUGUGCCAAAGGUACCGGCGCCGCGGCUUCCGGUCCGUGUUAACGCGGCUUAGGUACGCUGCGUGGUUUGUGUGGCGUGAGGACAGACUUCGGAGGGCGAGUCAGUGGGUGAAGAGGCGAGUAUAGGCGUCUGAACUCAGAAGUCUGGAGUCUAGUGGGAAGAUAGGAAAAAAGGCCGGGAACCCGAAUACAAUCUAACCUCUGUUUCUGAGGGGGCAGCUUCCACGGGAACCCCUCUGCCCUGGUAACGGCCAAAGAGGAGAUGGCGCCAGUCAGGGAGCGGCCGUGGCCGACACAGUGAGGAAGCUUGAAGGCGGAGCAACCGGAGAAGCCUCGGGAGAACAGCCAGAGCCGUCGCUGCCGCUACCACUGCCACCACCAUGGAAGGGGCAAAGCCGACUUUGCAGCUCGUAUACCAGGCAGUGCAGGCGCUUUACCACGACCCAGAUCCCAGCGGAAAGGAGCGCGCCUCAUUUUGGCUUGGGGAGCUGCAGCGUUCGGUUCAUGCAUGGGAGAUUUCAGACCAAUUGUUACAGAUCCGACAGGAUGUGGAAUCAUGCUACUUUGCUGCACAGACCAUGAAAAUGAAGAUUCAGACCUCAUUUUAUGAGCUCCCCACAGACUCUCAUGCCUCUUUACGGGACUCAUUACUAACCCAUAUCCAGAACUUGAAAGACUUGUCACCUGUCAUUGUAACGCAGCUCGCUUUAGCAAUAGCAGACCUUGCCCUACAAAUGCCUUCCUGGAAGGGAUGUGUACAAACAUUGGUGGAAAAAUAUAGCAAUGAUGUAACUUCUCUGCCUUUUCUGCUGGAAAUCCUUACAGUGUUACCUGAAGAAGUACAUAGUCGUUCCUUACGAAUUGGGGCUAACCGGCGUACAGAAAUUAUAGAAGAUUUGGCCUUCUACUCUAGUACAGUGGUAUCUCUAUUGAUGACCUGUGUAGAAAAAGCAGGAACAGAUGAGAAAAUGCUUAUGAAGGUCUUUCGCUGUUUGGGAAGUUGGUUUAACUUAGGAGUUUUGGACAGUAACUUCAUGGCUAACAAUAAGUUACUAGCACUCCUUUUUGAGGUUUUGCAACAGGAUAAGACUUCAUCCAACCUACACGAAGCUGCUUCAGAUUGUGUGUGCUCAGCUCUCUAUGCCAUUGAGAAUGUGGAGACUAACUUGCCAUUAGCCAUGCAACUUUUUCAAGGAGUCCUAACAUUGGAGACUGCUUAUCAUAUGGCCGUGGCACGUGAAGAUUUAGACAAAGUUCUGAAUUACUGCCGUAUUUUCACUGAACUAUGUGAAACUUUUCUUGAAAAAAUUGUUUGUACUCCAGGCCAAGGUCUUGGUGACCUCCGAACUCUGGAACUGCUGCUUAUUUGUGCAGGACAUCCUCAGUAUGAGGUAGUAGAAAUUUCCUUUAACUUUUGGUACCGACUAGGGGAGCAUUUGUACAAAACUAAUGAUGAAGUUAUUCAUGGAAUCUUCAAAGCUUACAUUCAGAGGCUGCUUCAUGCCUUGGCUCGACACUGCCAACUAGAACCAGACCAUGAGGGGGUUCCUGAGGAGACUGAUGACUUUGGAGAGUUUCGGAUGAGGGUAUCAGAUCUGGUGAAAGACUUGAUUUUCUUGAUUGGGUCUAUGGAGUGUUUUGCUCAGUUAUAUUCUACUCUGAAAGAAGGCAACCCACCCUGGGAGGUGACAGAAGCGGUUCUCUUUAUCAUGGCUGCUAUAGCAAAGAGUGUUGAUCCGGAGAACAAUCCAACACUUGUGGAGGUCCUAGAAGGAGUUGUCCGUCUUCCAGAGACUGUACAUACAGCUGUGCGAUAUACCAGCAUUGAAUUGGUUGGAGAGAUGAGCGAAGUGGUUGAUCGAAAUCCUCAAUUUCUUGAUCCUGUGUUGGGCUAUUUGAUGAAGGGCCUGUGUGAAAAGCCUCUGGCUUCUGCUGCAGCCAAAGCCAUUCAUAACAUUUGCUCUGUCUGCCGAGACCACAUGGCUCAGCACUUUAAUGGACUCCUGGAGAUUGCCCGUUCCCUUGAUUCCUUCAUGUUGUCUCCAGAAGCUGCUGUGGGCUUGCUAAAAGGGACAGCACUUGUCCUAGCCAGAUUACCUUUGGAUAAGAUUACUGAAUGCCUUAGUGAACUAUGUUCUGUUCAGGUUAUGGCAUUGAAAAAGCUGUUGUCUCAGGAGCCCAGCAAUGGCAUAUCCUCAGAUCCCACUGUGUUCUUAGAUCGCCUUGCAGUAAUAUUUAGACACACCAAUCCCAUUGUGGAAAAUGGACAAACUCAUCCUUGCCAAAAAGUCAUACAGGAAAUAUGGCCAGUUUUAUCUGAGACUCUAAAUAAACACCGGGCUGAUAAUCGGAUUGUAGAGCGUUGUUGCAGGUGCCUCCGCUUUGCUGUUCGCUGUGUAGGCAAAGGAUCUGCAGCCCUGCUGCAGCCACUAGUUACACAGAUGGUGAAUGUAUACCACGUACAUCAGCAUUCCUGUUUCCUGUACCUUGGCAGUAUCCUCGUGGAUGAAUAUGGCAUGGAAGAGGGCUGUCGGCAGGGACUCCUAGACAUGCUCCAGGCACUGUGCAUCCCUACCUUUCAGCUGCUGGAACAGCAGAAUGGGCUCCAGAAUCACCCUGACACUGUGGAUGAUCUGUUCAGGCUGGCCACCAGGUUUAUUCAGCGUAGCCCUGUUACCUUGCUGAGAAGCCAAGUGGUCAUCCCUAUCUUACAGUGGGCCAUUGCCUCUACUACCCUGGACCACCGGGAUGCCAAUUGCAGUGUCAUGAGGUUCCUACGAGACCUUAUCCAUACAGGGGUAGCCAAUGAUCAUGAAGAAGAUUUUGAAUUACGGAAAGAACUGAUUGGACAAGUGAUGAACCAGCUUGGACAGCAGCUUGUAAGCCAGCUGCUCCACACAUGCUGCUUUUGUCUCCCCCCCUAUACCCUACCAGAUGUGGCUGAAGUACUCUGGGAGAUCAUGCAGGUUGACAGACCGACUUUUUGUCGAUGGUUAGAGAACUCCUUGAAAGGUUUGCCAAAGGAGACAACUGUGGGAGCGGUUACAGUGACACACAAACAACUUACAGAUUUCCACAAACAAGUCACUAGUGCUGAGGAAUGUAAACAAGUUUGCUGGGCCUUGCGGGACUUCACCAGGUUGUUUCGAUAGCUCACACUCCUGCACUGUGCCUGUCACCCAGGAAUGUCUUUUAAUUAGAAGACAGGAAGAAAAAAAAAAAAACCAGACUGUGUCCCACAAUCAGAAACCUCCAUUGUGGCAGAGGGGCCUUCACCGCCACCACGGCGUUCCGCCAGACAGGGAGAGACUCCAGCCUUCAGAGGCCAUCCUGAGGAGUUCCUGUUUGGGGGUGUGAGGGAAAAUCAGCGCGGUUUAAAAAAAAGAUGGCUGCGGGCCUGUCCGGCGUGGUGGGAGGGGAGCUGGUUUCCUGGUGAACUUGUUUCAAAAGGAAAAAUAAUUUUAAAGAAAUAAAAAAGGAAAAAAAGGAAAACUAAACUGAAACCAGAACUGAAACGUUCACUUGGUAGCAGUGACAUGCACACACACGUACCUAAACACAUGCUAACAUGCAUGUGCACACAAUAAAAUAAAAGUACAAAUUUUUGUGAAACAGAAACCUUUACUUAGGGAAAAUGGGAAUUCAGACGAAAUAGCUGCAAUUGAAAGAAAAGGGUCAGGAUCAUCUUUUAAGGUUUUCUAUUGUUUUUACCUCUUUCUCCCACCCUUCUUUCCCUUUCUCCUCUCUCUUUUAAUGAAAAUGAGUGGAAAUUUCCUCCCACUCUCCCCAGCAUUUCUUCCCACCUCUAGAGUUAUUCAGACAAGGAGGAGCCUGUUUGUUUUAUAUCAUGGUCACAUCAGUGAUACCAGGACCUGCCAGGGCCAAAAUUCAUGUAUAUUCCCAGCCCUGACCCUCUCCAAUCUCUUAAAUCCAUUUCUAAUCCCCACUGAGUUGUCAUCAGCCUUGGAGAAAAGAGCCAAAAUUAGGGUGAGUGGGAUACAAAUGUAUAUUCUAAGUUUUAGUUUUUUUAAGAUUUUUGUGGGGUUUUUUUAGUUAAUUUGUCACCCCUAGACAUGAGAGAGGACAAAAAAGAGGGUGGGCAUAUGGGGGAAAGUGUUUACAGGGCUAACUGUAUUUUACUAAAAAAAAAUGUGGAAAUUAUUUGACUUCAUUGAGGGGUGAGGCGGGAGAGGGAAGCCCAAAUCAGAUCUUAAUGUUUUAAAGGAGUUGCAGCCCUGCACAGGUGUUAGCUAUGAGGGCACUGUUCUGUCUGGUGUUGUAGCCAUCGCAAGAACAAAUCAACAACAACAAAAAAAAAAAAAAGAAAAGAAAAGAAAAAACAAUAAAUUUUUAAAAUUUAA